AUGGAUCAAGAUUUUCAAAGCCCUAUUGUUGAAGAAGAAGUCAUACCUUCAGAAGGAGCUCAAGCUUCAAGAAGCUCAUUUGAAACACCCGAGUUGGACAUCUCCAAAGGCAAAAGCAAGUUGCCCAAAUCUAAGUUAGUUGAUGUGGUUCUGCUUCAAAACAAAGUCUUUGAUCUGGAACAAAGCUCUGCUGAAAAGGAGUUGAUAAUUGGAAAGAAGGAUAUUCGUAUCAGCGAGCUUGAGAAAGAGAACUCUGAUAAACCUUCAAAGAUCUCAGAGGUUCAAGCAAAUCUUGGUGGUUUAACUACUCUAUUCUUUGAUCUGAAGCAACGCCUAUUUCAAAAGUUUGGUGAUGAAUUUCAACCUUUGAGCGCUGAAGGAGAAAAGAUCAUUGCUUCUAGUUCAGUUCCUACCAAUCCAACUUCACAAUCUUCAAGUGAAAGAGCUGAAAGACCUGCUCCGGAUGCUAAUCUUGAUACAUUCUUAUCUUUUGGUCCUCUUUCUUCUCAGGCAAGAAGAGAGAAGAAAAUUAUGGUUGAGGAGCUGAAAGGGAAAAUGCUUGUGAUGAAGAACUCAGGUUAA